AUCGCUCAGCUCUCUGCGAGAUAGCGAGAGCAGUGAGCUGUCUCAGCUCAAGCGGAGUGUAAACUCGCUCGACGACACCGAAGCGGAGCUUCUGAUUUUUCGGUGCCGUCUUUCUCGCCGUCGUCUAACAAAUCGAACUUUCGGACACUUCGUGUCGGGACGAGAUCGUUCGAUCAAAAGAUCCGCGUGAAAGUCGAUUGAUAAAGUUUCGCGAGUGUGUUACGAGGACACAGCCACUCGAAAUAAGCAUGCCGGGCAAGCAAUUGCAGAAUGGUACAUACGAGUUCGAUUACAAACGAGUGCCGGAGCAAAAGUCGCGCUGGAAAGCUCUGCAAGAUUUCUUUCACGAUCCGGUAGAAGGCACUUACUGCGGCCACACGGGAAAGAAAUGGGCGAUCACUGGAAUAUUCUAUACUUGCUUCUUCAGCGCGUUGGCCUUGCUCUUUGCUAUUUGCAUGAAAGGACUGUUAGCUACUCUAAAUGAUGAAAGACCAAGAUGGAUUCUGGAGGAAAGUAUAAUAGGAACAAAUCCAGGUUUAGGAUUUCGGCCGAUUUCCGAGAACACUGAUGAAAAAUCGUUAAUUUGGUACAGUUCGUCGGAUCCUAAUUCGGUGCAAAAAUGGACAGGCCUGUUAGAUAAAUUUUUAGAAGAAUAUAUUAACUCAUCCAUGUUACCAAAUGGUGGCAGAAAUCAACAGAUUUGCAAUUAUAACACGCCAGUUAAACCUGGACAUGUUUGUGCGGUUGAGGUGAACAACUGGGGACCUUGUUCGCCUAGUCAGCAAUAUGGUUUCAAUAAUUCAGCUCCUUGUAUCUUCAUUAAAUUAAAUAGGAUAUAUGGUUGGGUACCAGAAUAUUAUAACAACACCGCAGAUUUGCCAGAGAACAUGCCACCAAGUCUUGUUGAACAUAUUAAAUCAAUCAACAGUUCAUGGUUGAAUACCGUAUGGGUGUCAUGCGGAGGUGCAAAUCCACACGACAAUGAAGAAAUCGGUGAAUUGAACUACUAUCCCAAAAAUCAGGGAUUUCCAGGAUAUUAUUAUCCUUAUCAAAAUAUCCCUGGUUACUUAAGUCCUGUCAUAGCUGUACAUUUUCUUCGGCCAGCAAGAAACAAAAUAAUCAAUGUCGAAUGUCGAGCUUGGGCAAAGAAUAUAAAACACAUUUUAAAUAAAGACCAGCAGCACGGCGUAGUACAUUUCGAGCUUAUGAUUGACGAAUGACGGCUCCUCUGUAUUUGUACGAAGAAGAAAAUAAAAUUUCUUGCCUUCGGUUGCAAUAGCAUUUGCAGAAUCUUGCAGACACCUAGAACGAAAGAUAUUUACAUUGUAAAUUUAAAAAAAAGAACAAAUCGAUAAUAUUCUAUAUUGACUAUAAAUAUUAAUUAAGAAAUUAUAAUUUAGAGAAAUACACUGAACGAGCAAACAGCAAUUAGAAAAUAGUCACUCAAUCCGUAGAAUUGGCUAUCGCGUCAGUCCGUGAUUACGUUUACUAUUGAACGUUGACAAGUAGUGCUGCAAAAUAAAAUAAUUAUUAAUCAUUGACACUUAUUAUGAAUUUAGAUAAAUCAUUAUCAAUCAUUUCAUUAAACUGAGAGUUUCUAAUUGUUUAUAUUUAGAGAGAGAAUACGUAGCUGCUGGUACUUAUUAUAAAUUAAAUGAUCUUGGAAAAUCCAACUUUCUCUCGAAAUGUCAACGAAGAAGAAAAGAAAAUUAUAAUUUAAAAUACAUGAAAUUUAUAUAAUUAAUGAAACUGUUCUAUAACUUUGUUGAUAUUUAUAAUAUCAAUAUGCGAUCAAAACGCAUUGUUUUAGAGCGUUUGUUUCCUUCAUCUUCUUCAUCAUUUACCGCGAAUAUCAAGAAAUAAGAGAAAUGUUAUUACCUCAUUGUCUUUUGAAUGUUGUUUAUUUAUAUUGGAUCGUGUACAUAAACGUAAUAUAUAUUGCAAAUAAAUAAUUUCUAAGUACUUUAUUCAUACAUUAAGUCGAAAGAAUUGAAAUUGCUUUCGCUAUAUUUGAAAAUCUACAAGAGUAAGUAAAAUAUAUCAUUUUCCUCUAAUAUUUGAAAUAUACAUUGUUAACAAGCUCAAACACAAGAAAUUAAAAUUAUCCUUUUGCGACUAUUCAAGAUUUAACAAAAGAAACCGAAGGAGAAUAUCAGGAUCUCGAAGCUGCAACAUUCAAAUGAAUUAUUUGAAGUAUUAUACUUAGAUGUAGGUACUUAUUGAAUAUGUACUUAUGUCAUCUAGAGCGUUUCCCAAGUAAACUUGUUUAGAAAGUAGUUUAAGCUGAUAGUAAUAACGAUGUAUCCAACACAAUAAAUAAAAAUAAUUUUUGAAACU